AUGGCCAGCAACAUUGUCUCCAAAAUUAAAACGACAGAAUCCUCACAACUGGCGGCCUUUGCUGCAGGCUGCUUCUGGGGGGUGGAACACAUCUUCAGGAAACACUUCAAUGUCCCAGAUCAGAUUGUGGACAUCAAGGUUGGGUAUGCCAACGGCAAAGAAGACAUUCAUUCUCCAUCCUACAAGGCCGUCUGCACGGGGGCAACCAACUUUGCAGAGGCUGUCCUUGUCUCCUACGAGCCUUCCAGAGUCUCCUACAAAGAGCUGACGGAGUUCUUCUUCCGUAUUCACGACCCAACCACACUCAACUCCCAAGGCCCGGAUGUCGGCACACAGUACAGGAGCGGCAUCUACUACACUACACCUGAACAGCAAGACGUUGCCCAACGUGUGAAAGACGUCUUCCAGAGGGAAUGGUACAAGGACUCCAAGAUUGUCACAAACAUUGAACCUUUGAAGAGUUUCUACGACGCCGAAGAAUACCACCAGCUCUAUCUCCAUGUCAAUAAGGACGGAUACACGUGCCCAACCCAUUUCCUAAGGGAGAAACCUUUAUAA